AUGGCUGACGCAGCUCCUCGUGGACGUGGUGGAUUCGGUGAUCGGGGCCGUGGAGAUAGAGGUCGGGGUGACCGAGGUCGUGGUCGUGGCCGUGGCCGUCGUGGAGGUCAGAAGUCAGAGGAGAAGGAAUGGCAGCCAGUCACGAAGUUGGGCCGUCUCGUCAAGGCUGGAAAGAUCCAGAGCAUGGAACAGAUCUACCUGCACUCUCUGCCCAUCAAGGAAUAUCAAAUCGUGGAUUGGUUCCUCCCAAAGCUGAAGGAUGAAGUGAUGAAGAUCAAACCCGUCCAGAAGCAAACUCGUGCCGGUCAGCGAACCCGAUUCAAGGCCAUCGUGGUCAUUGGUGACAGCGAGGGUCACGUCGGUCUCGGCAUCAAGACCUCCAAAGAAGUCGCAACCGCCAUCCGUGCCGCCAUCAUCAUUGCCAAACUCUCCGUUCUGCCCGUCCGACGAGGCUACUGGGGUACCAACCUCGGUGAACCUCACUCUCUGCCCACCAAGGAAUCUGGAAAGUGCGGUUCCGUCACAGUCCGAUUGAUCCCCGCGCCCCGAGGUACCGGCCUUGUCGCCUCCCCCGCUGUCAAGAGACUAUUGCAGCUUGCCGGUGUCCAGGAUGCGUACACCUCCUCUGCCGGAAGCACGAAGACUUUGGAGAACACUCUGAAAGCUACUUUCGUUGCUGUCAGCAACUCCUAUGGCUUCCUUACGCCCAACUUGUGGAAGGAGAACAAGCUCAUCCGAAGCCCGCUUGAGGAGUACGGUGAUGUUUUGAGAGAAGGCAAGAGAUACUAG